AUGGGCAAACCGACGACUUCUUCUGAGAAGACUGAGCCUGCAGUGGAGACUCCUGAGCAGAAGGAGGCUUCGGCAGAGGAGGCCGCCGAGCAGAAGUCCAAGGAGAACCCUACGAAGCCAAAGGCCAAGGGGAAGGCCAAGGCUAAGGCCGCGGCGAAGGGGAAGGCCAAGGCCAAACCAAAAGGAAAGGCCAAGGCCAAGGCAAAAGCAGAGCCCAAGGGCAAGCCGAAGGGAAAAGCACAGCCCAAGAGCAAGCCCAACAGCAAGGGCAAGGACGAGGAACAGGAGGCCGAGGACGACGAGAGCAAGAACGAGGAAACCCGCGACGUCGGGAAAGCCAGAAAAAUGGCUCGCAUGCUCAAGGCCGGCAACGUCCCCGAAGACGUUCGCAAGCUGUACGAGUCCGCGAACCAGCAGUCCAACCCCAGGCUCUUCAAGACUGAAUUGAUCAAUAGAUUGUUUCAAGUCAACAAGAGCGGCAACUACACGAUGUGCACCACCAGCCCGGACUUUCAGUCGUGGAAAGCCAACACGGACACCAAGUUCUCCGAGGGCUACAGCACGGGGGAGUCUUACUCCGUCAUGUUGUGGAAGGUCUUCCACGGCAACGAGGAAGCCUUGAAGACAGCCUUGAGACGUGGCGACGUGUACGAGCAAGGCGGCUUGUACCACACCUUGACUGUGAGGACAGGCCGCACCAAGACCUCGAAUGACACACAGCAGCUGAGUGGCGGCUGCGCCUCUUUGGACGUGGAGCAGUUUGACGCCCUUAGCAGCUUCUUCAGUGGCAGGCCCUGGGCUUUGCAGGGCUCCCAGUCUUUUGAGACCGCCACCAACAGGGAGUCCGGCCCUGAGACCUCUGUGGUCUUGGGGAACUCCAGUGGGCAGCGACAGCUGGCUCUGCAAGACAAGCCAGCAGUCGAGGUGGAGGUCAAGUGGAAAGUCGUGGAGACGAACUUGAGCGAGGCCAAGCAGGCCCUCGACAGGCUCCAGAGGGACGCCCAGCGCUACGUCUCCAAGGUCAAGCUUCUCGGGGACAGCGACCUUUCCGAGGAGAUCCACACAUAG